GUGGCGGUUUUGGAGGUCGGGGAGGUGGCGACCGAGGAGGAAGUAAUGAUGAAUCAGGCGAACGUCACCGCCAUCACCACCACAGGGAAGGACCGGGAGGCUGGGGAGGUCCAGGAGGGUCGAGAGGUUGGAGAGGUUCAGGAGGUCCAGGAGGAUGGGGAGGAUGGAGAGGUCCACGACCUUGGUGGGGCCGAGGCGGAUUCGGAG